AUGAAGGUAACCCUGCAAUUGCCAUUCAAGGGCGACGACGUAUGCCAGGCUUUUCAACGCCGAUUGAAAUCCGCAGUGGCGCGCGUAUACCCUGCGGCGGAACCAGUACUCAUCUACACAACGAAUCGUAUCCCUACGCCAUCGGUUAAACCCCCGCUGUCACUGUCCAGCCGUUUACAUAUCCUUUACCAAUUUACCUGUAUUUGCAAGGCCGAAUACGUGGGCAUGACAGAACGACACUUGAGGGUGAGGAUCACGGAGCACAUACCUGCGUGGGUGAGUAAAAACGUUUCGCAGAUGACCACGUCCACCACCUUGAAUGCGCAGCCAAGGAAGCGAAAUGAAGUUCCAUACAAACAACCAGCUUCAUCAAUCGCCCGCCAUCUGCUGGCUGACAAUCACUGUGUAGACCCCGUGCGGGCGUUCCGUGUUAUCUAUACAUCAAUGAACCCCCUGACUUUGCGAUAUGCUGAGGCCGUGGCUAUCAAACAACUUGGCCCAACUCUGUGUGUGCAGAAAGACGCAUUUGUGACCCUGGCCUUGCCGUGGUAG